AUGGCGAUGAUGAUGACUGGCCGUGUGCUGCUGGUGUGUGCCCUCUGCGUGCUGUGGUGCGGUGCCGGCGGGGUUUAUGCGAGGGACAUCGACAACAACGCAGUGGGUGAUUGCAUGACCUCGGGAGUGUUGGGUACGAAUUGUUCCCGUGUGCCUAGUGGGUGUGAUAAAACUGCGCCGAAGCUGCCUUUUUGGUCAGCAUUGCCCAUCACUGUCUUACAGGCUGAUGCUCCUGAGGGAAAAGAACUUGCAUCGCAAGGGGGUAAUUUAAAUUCAAGUGAAUCUUCGGGUACCGGCGCUCCUGAGAAAGCUUCUGAAAACCCCGAUGGAAUUCCGGGGACCGAUGACAGCUCUAGUGGUGGCAGCUUUGGUGGUGCUGGUGGAAACGUGGCAAGGCAGGAGGCGGAGGGCACGGACAACACUCCCAGCAGCCCACCGGUCACACCAGUCACACCACAAGCGAAAGAAACAAAGGCAAAGGAAGUAUUAUCAUCGUCAUUACCACCACCAGCAGGAGGAAGUGCACCAGAACCUAACGGCACCCAUAAUUUACCAGGUACCAAUGCAGGAAACUCAGCGUCAGAAAACGAGCCGGGGUCCAACUCACUGGAACGGCCUUCAGAGGAUGGUGAGGCAGGGCAACAAGAUAAGGAGGCAGACACACAGGGAACACAAGAAACGGAAGGAACACAAGGAACAGCAGCAUCACCCAUCUCCACAAGUGGCAGUAGUGGUGCCCAGAUUGAGGCGGAUGCGGAUGAUGACGACUCUCAACGGCCUAACCCCGAAGGACCUCAGAACGACGGAACCGAAGCUGGUGAUACCCACGGUCCAUCUGCAGUCAGCGAUGCAGCACCACAAGCAGCAAAAGCAAUCGCCGCUCAAACAAAUGGUACGGUGACCCCUGGCGACAGUGACAGCAGCACCGCGGUCUCCCACACCACCUCCCCUCUCCUUCUUCUUGUUGCGUGUGCGGCUGCUGCUGCGGUGGUGGCCGCGUGA